AUGACGACGAUUCAGUUGCAACAGCAGCAGCAAGCCCACUACCACCAGCAGCAGCACCACGUGCAAUUCCAGAUAUCCCCCCGAGAAUCCGACGCCGCACGCUCGCCGCCGCCUGCGGACAAUCCUCCCCGUCCGAUUUCCAACCGAACAGACUCAGGCGGAUCGUUGGAUGCAGCGGGUUUCUUACUCCCCCAUCCCGCGCUCGCCGUCUCCGCGGCUGUAGCAGACCCCGCCGCGGGUGUCGCUUCCGCGGCUGUAGUAGCGCCCGUCGCUACAGCAGCCGCCGCCGCGGGCCUCCUGACGCAGCCAGGUGGCGAGUUCUCGUGGUUCCACGUGGAGAUCCCGCGAUCCUGCCCGUCGCUUUCCGCCGCGGCUCGCCAGCUCAUCACGCAUCUGCACCCUCCGCUGCAGCUGCAGGAGAUCACGACGCUUCUAUCCAACGGUCCGUAUUGCGGCACGCUCGGCGGGGCGCUGUUCGUGCGAAUUAACUCCCCGGGGCCGAUGGACAGUCCGUACACCUUUAAGAUCGCGGCGCGGAUCACGCCGUUUGGAAUAGUAAGCGUCGCGUUGGGGCCCGUGCCGCGUUUAGAGCUGCAGAGAGAACCGGGAGGACUGCUAGGGUCGGAGGUUGGUCUUAGCGGCACGGACAGAGGGACAGACGGAGCUCCUGUUUUGAGGAGACGGUCGCCGAAUGCGUCAUUCCGGGCUAUUAGCGAGGGCGAACCGGAGAGCGCCGCGCUCUCUGUUCUCGUUAAAGGCACCAGCGCCACAGUCACACCGCAUACCAGCACGCCUGGCAGCCCGUCCGGAACUCCCCGACCUCUCAAGAUAAGAGUCGGGUCAGGAUCAUCCUCGUUAGAGGCUGCCGCGGUAGCAGCAGCAGUAGCAGGCGGGAUGGGGUCUACAAGAACUAGUGGCGCAGAAGCGGCAACAGGAAGAAUUGGGACUGAAGCUGCUUCUUUCGCUCUUAGGUAUUCUGCUUCAGCCUCUGGGGGCAUUUUAGACCCGGCUUCAAAGCCCCUUGCUGGCACCAAAUCAGCCCCUCUCAGACCGUCAAACGCGGAGAUUGAAGAGUGUGUGACAAUAGAGGGCGGUUCACUUCCCUCCAGCACAAUAGAGGGGGGAUUGCCUGCCUCCGGCGCAGGCGCGAGUCAGGUCAAGAGUGAGGGGCAUCUGGACCGGAGGGGGCUGUUGCAGGGGCUGGGCAGCAGAAGCUUCGGGAGCAGUCGAGGCUUUACCAGUGAUGCUGUAGGGGGAGGCGUCAGAUGGGGUGCAGGCGCUCCUGGGUGCGUGGUGCACUGUCAUGUUGGGAAGGUGUUGGAGGCAAUGACGCCGAGGAGGAGGGAGGUGAGAGCGGAGCCGGCAGCAGAUACGCACACGACCAUUGAUGUGGAUGAUGUGGAGUUGGAGGAGCUGCUGCGGAAGAGCCAUCCAGAGAACGCCGAGUGCUUGAUCCCAGUGACGGUGUUUGGGCUGCUGCAACACAUCGUUGAGACGCACAUGGAGCAUCUAGAGGACGUAAUUGUGGAGGUGGAGUGUAUGCUGGACCAGCAUGAAAGAGACUUGGAUGAAGGAUCUGAUCACCGUCUGCGAUUACUGAAAGACAGGACCUUCCCCAAGCUGCACCUGGACUUGCAGAGAGUGCUGCAGUCGCUGGCACACGGGGAGGUGGUGCUGCCGAAGCUGAAGGACAGGCUCGUGGCUCGGCACUGGUGCGCCGGACCUGUAGCUUCGGCAGUGCUGGACGGGGCCAUGGCCCGGCUUCGGAGAGGCAAGGAGAACGUUGGGUUCCUGACGGCGAGAAUCACAGCGCUACAGACGGGGCUGGACCAGUGGCAAUCGGAGCAAAUUAACAAGAAGCUCUACUACAUCUCCUUCCUCUCCAUCGUCUUUCUACCGCUCUCUAUCAUCACCGGAGCCUUUGGGAUGAACGUGGGGGGGGUCCCCUGGGUGCAGCAGACCACCAACGACCCAAACGUCACCUCAGGUUUCAGUAACGUGAUGUGGAUCUGCUUCUAUGUGGUGAUUGCUCUCGGUGCUGCAUUCGCCGCUCCUUCGGCGUAUGUGUAUGUCAAGGAGAGAUUAGAGGAACGGCAAAGAAUUGGGAAGGAGUUGUGGGAGCGGGCACGCAAGGUUAUGAAUGUGAUGAAGCUGAGACCGAGAGGAGUAGGGAGGCUUGGAGAGGGAUACCGCCGGCACGAAUCAGAUGAGUAG